AUGGCUAUAUCUAAGUAUUCCCUGGACUUCUGGUUCUAUGAUAAGAUGGAAGAGGAAAUGACAGUAGAAAUUGCCCACUCUGAGAAGUAUGAGCAGGAACUCAGGAAGACUCAGCUUAUCAAAGCUGCCCCAGCGAUGAAAACAAGCUCUGUGUUUGAAGACCCAGUGAUCAGCAAAUCCUCCAACAUGAUGAUGAAAGGCAGCAGAAACAAAGUACUGGCCACAUCCUUCAUGAUGCAGACUCUGGAAGCUGAAAGGAAGCAUUUUGAGAAGUACCAUGCUUCUGCAGAACAGGCAGCCAUCAAACGCAACCCCUACACCAUCUUCCACCAAGCACUGGAAAACUGUGAGCCUGUGAUUGGGCUGGUACCCAUCCUCAGAGGUGGCCAUCUCUACCAGGUCCCCGUGCUACUGGCUGACUGGCGUCGCCACUUCCUGGCCAUGAAGUGGAUGAUUACUGAGUGCACGGAGAAGCACUGGAGGAUGCUGAUGCCAGAGAGGUCAUUGCAUGAGCUGCUGGAGGCUUUUCACAACCAGGGCACUAUGAUCAAGAAGUAUGACAUGAACAAGAUGACUGAGGCCAUCCAUGCCCUAGCUCACUACUGCUGGUGUUAG